CAUAAAACAAAGAAGAUGGGCUAAGGCCUUGGCGGGGUUUGCACCAAAAGAGCCCACCAGCCGACAGUGUCCAGUCCAGUGGAGUAAUGCUUUUUGCUUAGGUUCAAACCCAAAUCCGAAUUCUCAGUCUGUCUUCCUGGUGGUUGGCAACGAAAAAUAGGUCCUUCUGAAACUUCCUAACUGCAACUGUCACAUUCUGAGCUUAGUCUGAAAAAAUGAUCUCUCCUAUGGAAAAAAGCAUUGCCUCUUUAAUCCUGUUUGCCAUUAUGCAUUCAUUCCAUUAGUACCAAAUAAUAAUAGCCAACUAAAAACAAUGGUCUCAUCAAAGCUUCUAAACACUAGCAAUUCUUCUCUUCUAAUCAAUCAAAUACUAUCCAUUAUGAUCCAAAACCGCUCAUUCGAUUCCCAACUCGCAUCUGCAACUGUUACCUCUUCUUUAUUGACCGUCGAUUUAAUCUCCGAUGUUUUCCGAUCAAUUCCAAGAUUCUUCUUUCAAUCAACGCGCUCCAUUGGCCGCCAGAACACUACCCGCCACCGCUCUCCGUUAAAACAGCGCAACCUCAAGCAAGAAUCCUGCAAAUACCGUGACAAAGUGUUAGUUCUUGGCCCAGCUGCUUAUAGAGACCACAAAAGGGUCAAUGUAGGCUUAAACAAAGCAAUGGAGUUCUUCUAUUGGUUAGAAACUCAUUUUAGCUUUGCACAUACUGAAAUGACUUGUAGAGAGAUGGCUUGCGUUUUGGCUAGAGGGAAUAGACUAGACAAGCUGUGGCAAUUUCUUAAAGAUAUGGGAAGAAGAGAAAAUGGUGUUGGUGUAAAACUUGUUACUACUAAUACCAUUACCUGUUUGAUAAAAGUCCUAGGAGAAGAAGGGCUAGUCAAUCAGGCAUUGGCUUUGUUUUACAGAAUGAAGCAGUACCAUUGUAAACCGGAUGUGUAUGCUUAUAAUACAAUUAUUAAUGCUCUUUGUCGUAUUGGGAAUUUUAAAAAGGCAAGAUUUUUGUUAGAACAGAUGGAGUUACCGGGCUUUAUUUGCCCGCCUGACACAUUUACUUACACUAUAAUGAUUAGUUCUUAUUGCAAGUUCAGUUUGCAAACUGGGUGUAGAAAAGCUAUAAGAAGGAGGUUAUGGGAGGCUAACCAUAUGUUUAGGAUUAUGUUGUUUAAAGGUUUUGUGCCUGAUGUUGUUACUUAUAAUUGUUUGAUUAAUGGGUGUUGCAAGACUUACAGAAUCGAGAGGGCUUUGGAGCUUUUUGAGGAUAUGAACAAAAGGGGCUGUGCUCCAAACCGUAUUACUUAUAAUUCUUUCAUUAGGUAUUAUAGCACAGUGAAUGAGAUCGAUAAGGCCAUUGAGAUGUUAAGGAGGAUGCAGAAGAUGAAUCAUGGAUUGGGCAGUUCUAGUUCUUAUACUCCAAUCAUACAUGCUUUAUGUGAAACCGGAAGAGUGCAGGAGGCUUGGGAUUUCCUAGUUGAGUUGGUUAAUGAAGGCUCAAUCCCUAGGGAGUAUACAUAUAAGCUGGUUUGUGAUGCAAUGAAGUCAGUUCGAGAGGGCAAUUUGCUAGAUGAUAAAUUCCAUAAAAUAAUUAUAGAUGGAAUUGAAGAUAGAUAUAGACAAGUAAUGAAGGUGAAACCAACAAUGGUUCCAAAAAUAAUACAGUAGUAUAUGUGAAGUCUAAUAGCCAUUCUGCAAUGCUCAAGUCUAAUAGCCAAAAAUAAUACAGUAGUAUAUGUGAAGUCUAAUAGCCAUUCUGUAAU